GAGUUCCAGAAUGGAGACUGAAGGGUACCUAGAGGCACAAAGAAAUAGAGAAGUCCAGAAUGGUAAAAUGAGGUCACCAUCAAAUGAGAUGAUGGCUGAGGAGCCAGAAGCUGUCCUAAUACUGGCUCCCCAGGUACAGGCUCCCCGAGAGCCAUCUGGGCUUCCACAAGAGAGACUUGAUGAAGACUCUCUUGAAGACCUUGAGACCAUGCCACGAAGGAAUCGUCCCAAUGCGGCAGCCUCCAGGCAGAAGUUCCGGAAAUUCUACUAUGAAAAUGGAGUUGGGCCCAGGGAGGUCUUCAGACAUCUGAAGCUUGCCGGACAGUGGCUGAGACCCGAUAUUCACACAAAGGAGCAGAUUGUGGACAUGCUGACACAGGAACAGUUCCAGGCUGUCCUGCCCGAGGAGCUCAGAGCUUGGCCCCAGAGAUGUCAGCCUGGGAUCAGAAUCACUGGCUAAAUCCGGCCACAGGGUUCUUGCUCAGCCUACAUGUGAGAAGUAACCAAACAUUCUCUUUGUUGCAGGAACCAACAACAGUCAUGGAAAAUCUGAACCUCGGGAUUUGUUUUUGUUUUUGUUUUUUUUUCUUUCGGCUUGCCUUUGACUAGUUGUAAUAAGAAC